AUGCGCCGGGUCCUUCAUCUGAAGAACGUGACGCAGUGUGCCAUGCUCGAGGAGGUCAGCGUCUUCCUUGUCAUGGCGAACAAGGUGGAUCGUCUCAUCGAUGCGCUUGUUCGUUUACGCCAUGAGCUGUUCAAGGCCCUCUUUGCCUGCCACAUUGACAUGAUGGUUGCCUCCCCACCGCCAAGCACCGCUGAUAAAUGCAUCGUACGCCCCGCAGCAGAUCAGCCUUGGUGGAAACCUUGGCUUCAUCAAGAAGCAAAGCCUCACUCGGAGACUCGUUAUAGGUCGACAGUAUAUUUUCUUACCCUGCACCCCGUGGCUAGGAAGAUCAAGGAGAAGGCUGAGGUGGAGACGCUAGGAUCUCGCCUCGGACUUCGUCCCCCCCGUUCUGAGUGGUUCAGGGAAGACAGGAGCUUCUAUGUGCCUUCGUCCUUCUCAGAACGACUAUCGUCACCGUCUGCUUCGCUCUCCUCCCCUUACCGCCGCGCUAGACCCAACAGGGUCGCCAUCCCUCGGUUCGAUGAUUCCCGCUGCGAUGAGCUGGCCAAGCGCUGCAGUUCCCGCAGGCCGAUGGGCAUGUCCCGCGUGCGCAAGAAUGAGUACUUGCUCUGUUACAAUGAGUUUGGCCUAUAUACAGACCGCCACGGCUGUCCCAUCCGCUCGAGAGACACGAUUCAGUGGGAGGUCACAGCACAGCGUGUCGCAUGGCACCCGCCCUACGUCCAUCUCUCUGACUUAGAAGUCACUGAAAUACGCCACAUCGACACCGGCGGGCUCUGCGAUCAAAACUCCUGUGGAGAAUGA